UUCCAACUCUGAUUCUUACCAACUUGUUUUUGACUGACAGUGAAUGCAAAGCGCGUUAGGGUGGGUAGUGGAGAAAAAGGAGGGCUUUUGAAAGCCUUCUUAUAUACAUUACCUGAAGGAUAGAUCCACUUUCAAUGAAGGACUGUCAGGCUUGUCAUGAAAGUAAAUUCAGGAAAGGAAUUUGAACCUUGCUGCUUUACAGCAGGCUCUCCAAUGCAGAGCUUCAGUCAAAACAUGUGAAGGGGUGCAGAAACUUGUCAUUGGAAAUGUGACAGGAGGCCUGAGGAACAGAUAAUGGAAGCAACACAGAUUAGUAUGUCACAAUCUCCACUAGUCAAUGGCAACAUCAGUGCUAAAAUGAAAAGAAACAAACCUCGUGUGAUGUCCAAAAGCGGUCACAGCAAUAUCAGGAUUGACAAGGUAGAUGGUAUUUACUUGCUUUAUCUUCAGGACCUAUGGACCACAGUUAUUGACAUGAAGUGGAGAUACAAACUUACAUUAUUUGCUGCUACUUUCAUCAUGACUUGGUUUCUGUUUGGAGUUAUUUACUAUGCCAUUGCAUUUCUCCAUGGAGAUCUGGAAGACAGCAGAUACUCUCACAAACACGUCCCCUGUGUCAUGAAUGUAGAUUCUCUAACUGGAGCAUUUCUCUUUUCUCUGGAGUCCCAAACAACCAUUGGUUAUGGCUUCCGGGUUAUCACUGAGGAGUGUCCUCAUGCCAUUUUUCUCUUGGUGGCUCAAUUAGUUGUCACCACAUUGAUUGAGAUUUUCAUUACUGGGACUUUCCUGGCCAAAAUUGCUAGACCUAAAAAAAGGGCUGAGACUAUUAAGUUCAGUCAUUGUGCUGUCAUAACCAAACACAAUGGACAGCUUUGCCUUGUCAUCCGUGUGGCAAAUAUGAGAAAGAGCCUCCUGAUUCAGUGCCAGCUGAUUGGAAAGCUUCUUCAGACCUAUGAAACCAAAGAAGGAGAAAGGAUUCUGCUAAACCAAGCUAGUGUCAAAUUCCAUGUAGAUUCAUCAUUAGACAGCCCUUUCUUGAUUCUACCUCUGACUUUUUAUCACAUAUUGGAUGAGAGCAGCCCUUUAAGCGAUCUUACACCCCAAAAUCUAAAGGAAAAAGAUUUUGAACUCAUUAUCCUCUUGAAUGCCACAGUAGAAUCAACAAGUGCUGUUUGCCAGAGCCGAACGUCAUAUAUUCCAGAGGAGAUCUUCUGGGGUUUUGAGUUUCUGCCUGUGAUUUCUCUUUCACAGAAUGGAAAAUACGUUGCAGAUUUUAGUCAAUUUGAGCUGAUUAGAAGAAGUGUUGACUGUACAUUAUACAGUAUGGACCCUGAAAAGCAAAAAUUGGAAGAGCAAUACAGAAAGGAAGACCAAAGGGAGAGAGAACGCAGAACCAUGUUGUUACAACAAAGCAAUGUUUGACUGCUCAGAUAUAACAAAUUAUAUAAAAAUGAUUAUGCUGUAUAUAGUAUAACACUUCUAUCUGAACAUGGUAAGACAACAAUGUUUACCCAAACUCUAUGAUUUUAUCAGAAUGCAUCAUUAAUUCUUUUUCAGUUUUUGUGUAUCCUAUGCCACAACUGAGAAAAUGGCUUUGGAAGUAUAGGAGCCUGCCUUAAUUGGAACAAGACUGUUAUUGUGACUAGCAGUGGCAAACCAAAGUUUCAAACAGGACUUUCGCUAGUACUAUUUGGAACUGGAUCCAUGACCACUGGCAUCUUUAUCCAGUGCUGAAAUGGAGUGGAAUGGUUGGUACCCAUGCACUGUGCUGCCAAUGACUUCAUGAUCUGCACCGCUGGUGAUGAGCUAUGCUAUUUUUCUCCUGUCCACUAUAACGCAGGGUAGAAUGUCAGUAGGGUUAACAGUGGAGGACAGGAAGGCCUGAAGUGCCAUGGUCCAUGGGGUCACAAAGAUUCGGACACGACUUAACGACUGAACAA